AUGUCCGAUCUCUCCACCCCCUCCUGCUCCAACUCACUAUGCUCAAGUCGACGAGACUCCAGCCGAUUCCAAUCUCUUUUUGGAUUCCGAACUUCUGACGUCUUCCGACUAUUUGCAGAGCAUUUCUCCAUUCACUACAAAAUUAGUGCAUCUGAGAUUGUCACCUGCAAAAAUGGUACUUUUAAGGCUGUAUGCACUUUUUUUGUGCAUAAUAAUGAUGGCGAAGUAGUCCAAUGUGUAAUGUGGGGUGACACAAUUGACGAGUUUUUGGAUAAACUGUUCAUUCAACACGUCGCUUACAUCGAUCGUGCCUUUCCCAAGCAAGUCUCGGGUCGCUUCAACUCAGGAACUACUCCGUUUGAAUUGGUCAUCCAGUCAAAUACAGUCAUUAAUGAUUUGGGCAAAUUGAAAACUCUUCCACCUUCUCAGUCCAAUAUCGCUCCUGAAGUUGUUCCUUUAAUUGGACUUUCAAAGUAUAAGAAAAUUGUUGCUGUCAAAGGUUUUGUUAAAACUCCGUGGACUGUGAUUGCGAAACAGACUGACAGCACCAAUACUUGCUUCGGUUCCAUCGCAGCUGACAAAUUCUUCAUGGAUGUAAAAAUAUCUGAGUAUCCUCUUGAUUAUGUUUGUGAAUUUUCCAAAGGGCAACAUGUUCAAUGCGUCGGAUCCGUCAUCAGAACUUUUAGCUCGUUCUUUUUUUGCGUCCAAGGACCUGUUUGUAUCACUUUGGUCGAUGAUCAAGUGGCGUCACUCAAGGACUUACUGGUAUGUAAGCCACUUAUUGUUGCCAGAGAUAAAACUGAUGCUGCCGGACCCUCCAAGAAAUUGAAGAGAAAUGAAUUGCGAAAGAAAUUCCUGAAAAAAGAUUGAAAUAUUCAAUGGAGAUCUUCCUAUUCUUAUAGGAAGGUUCAAGCUAAGAUACGGUUGUCGUUCAGGGUGUAAUUCUACGUGAGGAAAUACUGCGAGGGAGGACUUGACAAGUCUCUGAUUGUCGAGAUCUCGCAGAUGAGUUUUGCAGCCAUCUGGAAUAUUUGCAUUAUUAUCACGUAGUAUGCCCUCUUUGCAGAGGCUUGAGAGCCCUGAGGGGAAGUACAGUUUGAUUUUAUCAUUCAAUUGAGCACACCAGUUGUAUUUACUUUUGACGUUCGGUUGAGAAGAGAGAAACAGAAGUUCAUGGAAACAAAUUUUAGGUAGCCUGUUAUCAUCCAUUUUGAUUAACUUAGAUAGCCAGUUGAGACUUCUCUUGAUGACCUCGUACUCGGUUGGGGUGGCCCCAACUUCGAGACGUAUCGCAUAGUCGGGGAAGUGUUUCGGCAAGUUCAGGAGUUUUCUAUAAUAGAAGGUUUGCAAUUUAUUUAUUUCGUCUAGAUGUCUUAGGCCCCGUGCUUCCGCUCUGUAAAAAAGAACACUUGAAGCAAACGCUGCGAAGAAAUGUUCUUACGUGGACCACGAAUCAGAGCGAGGCCGAUACAGAAUGUUGAGAAUUGAUCUAAUAGCAGCAUGUGUAGCAGCCUUGGCUUUAUUCAGUUGUGGAGUAAAAAGGCCAGAUUUGUAAAAAAUACAGCCCAAAUAGCAGAACUCAUCAACAAUCUCUAGGGUCUCACCCUUACAAGUGAAUUUCAAGUUCUUCGGAGUUCUACCCUUAUGCAUAAUUAAUAUUUUCAAUUUUGAUUUAUUCAUUUUUAAGCAGUGAUGUUUGAAAUAAGAAGCAGUGGCGUAGCUACCUAGGGGCUAGGCGGGGCAGUGCCCCGGGGCCCUCAAGCUCAGGGGGCCCUCGAAUCCUUACCAGAAAUCUCGAUCGAACUGAACAUUUGGAAAUUUCUCCCAUUUUCAAAAUAAAUAUGACAGGUUGCAACCCCACUUCAAUCAUGACAACUCAGUUGGGAGAAAUUCAAAAGUUUUGCCUAGGGAAUUCCUCUAAAUUCUUUCUGUAGGUUGGCAGUGUUGUCAAUUUGACAGAGAGUGAUAUGUGCGUUUUAUUAUUCAUC